AUGUUUCGGAUUCAAAGUUACCGCUUUAUUACUACACAAAUAAGCUUGAGCAAUCGUGGUAGAUCAUUGAGCAUCAUGUCGACAGAGCUGAUUCCUUCCAACCCAUCGGAUGUCAUGGUCAUUCGCAAUGUUACUCCCAAUGUUGUGACGUUUUCUGUUCCAUUUGCCAGAUUUGGCAAGGCCAAAAUCGGUGGGCGAGGAACGCUGGUGAAAUUGACUUCGGGCUCAUUGGCUGCGUUCUCUCCCGUUGCGCUGACGGACGCGACUAAAGCUAAAGUGACCGAGAUGGGUGGCCUUGUUAGGUACUUGGUUGCGCUAGAUAUAGAACACCACAUUUUCCUGUCGGAAUGGGCGAAGGAGUAUCCUGAUGCGAAGAUCAUUGGACCCCACGGUCUGCCGGAGAAGCGCGCCCAGCAGGAUGACCCCAAAAUCGGCCAAGACGCGUUCUCGGUUGUCUUCACGCCGGAGAAGAAACACGAGACGAAGAUUGGCGAAGAGUUUGACACUGAUUUUGACUACGAAUAUGUUGAUGGCCAUGCCAAUCGGGAACUCGUGUUCUACUACAAGCCCGAAAAGGUGCUGAUUGAGGCUGAUUUGUUGUUCAACCUGCCUGCCACUGAACAGUACAGCAGAGUACCGGAAAGCGAGCGCCAGUCUUCUGGUGUGGUGGACAAGUUGUUUGCAAAGCUUCAGAGUACAGAGGGCGAAGGCAAAUGGAUCAAAAGGUUCAAUUGGUAUGUUCUUGCCAAGGACAGGCCGAGCUACAAUGAUAGUCUCAGGGUCAUCAGUGGCUGGGAUUUCAUCACUCUGAUUCCUUGUCACGGCGAUGUCAUUGAAGGCGAUGCGAAGCAAGUAUUUGAUAAGGUGUUCAACUGGCACUUAGGCGGCAGGAAUUGA